CACACACACACACACACACGCAGCCAGAGUGCACCAAGAGUUCAAGAGCACUAGUGUGUGUUUGACUACAAUUAAGGGGAGUGGAAAUAUUUUGGGGCAGUAUUCAGUUUAUCCAUCCACGUUUCUUUCGGUCGGGUCGAGGUUUUGCAAGUGUCUAUCUAUACUUUCGGUUAAUUUAAGAAAAGUGACGCUGCUGUCCACAGCGAGGACAUGUGUUGCAUGUGAGAAGACACGGAGUUGAAUACGCAGGGUUGCAGAAAAGGACAGAGUGAAAACUGAACAAGACCACUCCACACACCAUGAAGAAAGGGGACUCUGGUAAUCAGAGUCUGAAUGAAGAUGGGGCUCUGCACUGCAUGUCUGGCAGUAAUUAUGAGGGCAAAGGGAAGAGAAUUAAGGUACCAUCCCAUCCAGGGGUCCCAUUGGUGGUAUUGAUCUUGUUGGCCACCCUCCCUUUUGGAGCAAGUAUCAAACAAAGUGUCCCCAGGGUUAAACUCAGCCACAGAGAACUGCUGCAAGCCGGCAGUGUAUCUCUGUUUUUGGGCCCCUCCGAUGGCCUCCACUCCCACUCGCUGCUGCUGGAUGAGGAGAGAGGUCGUCUUCUGUUGGGAGCCAGAGAUCACAUCUACCUGCUUGACACUGACAAUUUGGCCAGAGCCCCCAGAAAGAUUCACUGGCCUGCUCCCCGGGACCGAGUGGAUAUGUGCAAACUGGCAGGCAAAAAUGCAAAUUUGGAGUGUGCUAACUUUGUCAGGGUCCUCCACAACUACAAUCGAACACAUGUCUAUGCCUGUGGGACAGGAUCCUUCCACCCCAACUGUGCUUUCAUUGAAAUCACUGGCCGCAGAGAGGAUGGCGUGUUCCAACUGCUUUCUAGGACAGUGGAGUCUGGCAGAUUGAAAUGUCCUUUUGAUCCCUCGCAGCCAUUCACCUCAGUCCUCACAGAUCAGUACCUGUAUGCGGGCACAUCAUCAGACUUCCUGGGCAAAGACACAACUUUCACACGCUCCCUUGGCCCUCCACCUGACCAGCACUACAUACGCACAGACAUGUCUGAAGAAUACUGGAUCAAUGAGGCCAGGUUUAUAUCUGCUCAUCCCAUUGCAGACACCUACAAUCCAGAUGAUGAUAAGAUAUACUUUUUCUUCCGCGAGGUGUCGUGGGAAGGCAACGGCAAGAGCAUCCUGUCCCGAGUGGCUCGUGUGUGCAAGAAUGAUGUGGGUGGGCUGAGAAGUCUGACCAAUAAAUGGACCACCUUCCUCAAAACCAGGCUUGUGUGUUCUAUCCCUGGACCAGAUGGAGUGGACACACACUUUGAUGAGCUCCAGGACAUCUUUGUGCUCCCUACCAGGGAUGACAAAAACCCCAAAGUGUAUGCAGUCUUCACCACCUCCAGCUCAAUUUUCCGUGGCUCAGCAGUGUGUGUGUACAGCAUGGCGGACAUAAGGGCCGUGUUUAACGGACCUUACGCCCACAAGGAGGGGCCCGACCACCGAUGGGUAGAAUACGAGGGGAGGAUACCGUAUCCCCGUCCUGGAACGUGUCCCAGCAAGACAUAUGAUCCAAGGAUCAAGACCACCAAAGACUUCCCAGAUGAGGUGGUCAGUUUUAUUCGAUUCCACCCUCUUAUGUAUCGCUCUGUCUACCCUCUGACUGGUCGACCCGUGUUCACGCGCGUCCGAGUGGACUACACCCUGACUCAGAUCGUGGUGGACAGAGUUUUGGCGGAGGAUGGACAAUAUGAGGUCAUGUUUCUGGGAACAGAUGCCGGCUCAAUUCUAAAGGUGGUGAGCAUCACUCAGGAGAAUUGGUCAACAGAGGAAGUGGUGCUUGAAGAACUUCAAGUUUUCCAGGUUCCCACUCCCAUCCUCAGUAUGGAGAUGUCUUCUAAACAGCAACAGCUCUACGUGGGUUCAAAUGAAGGGCUAGCCCAGGUUUCACUCAGUAGAUGUCACAUGUAUGGCCAAGCCUGUGCUGAAUGCUGCCUGGCACGAGACCCUUACUGCGCAUGGGACGGACACACAUGCUCACGAUACGUCCCUGCAUCGAAGAGGCGAGCCAGAAGACAGGACAUCAAGCAUGGAGACCCUGCCAGUCAGUGCUGGGACACAGAAGACAGUCUUGUUGGGGGACGGGUGGAGGAGAGGGUCCUCUAUGGGGUGCAGAGCAACUCCACCUUCCUCGAGUGUAUCCCCAAAUCUCAACAGGCUCUGAUCCGGUGGUACAUACAGAGACAUGGAUCUGAACGCAGGGAGGAGGUCAGGCUGGAUGAUCGUGUCGUACACACAGAUCGAGGUCUCCUGAUUCGCUCCCUCCAAACCUCUGAUGCUGGCGUGUAUGUCUGCGUAGCUCAAGAGCACACACACUUCACCCACACUCUCCUCCGUCUCAAGCUACAACUUGUUACACAUGGACAACUGGAUGGGAAGCCCAAGCCCAGUGAAGACCCCACGGUGGAACUACGCCACAGCGUGGAGUCCCGUCAGCGUUAUAAAGACUACCUGAGAGUGAUGAGCUCUCCCUUUGGCUCUCUGGAGGAGUAUUGCGAUUCAUUGUGGCUGGAGAAGAGGCCGACAAGGGUGCGAGGAAGAGGCUUAGGAGCUGGCAAAUGGAAACAUGUACAGGAAAUGAAGAAGAGCAGGAACAGGAGACAACACAGAUAGAGGGAGGAAGAGUGGGAAAAACAGGAGCGAGGGAGGGUGGUGAGGACAGCAAAGCAGUGAGGGGUGUGGUAAAAAUCAUUCAGGGUUAGCUGUCUAUAUUCACCGGUUGGACGAUGAAGCAGAAUGUGACACAUAACUGCAAAAUUGCAAUGACAGAUCAAUUCAUGAGCAAGCAAAAUCUAACUCAGAGUUACAAUAAUGGGGCGUGAAAGACUAACCCUGAAAUAUAUAGAGGUCAAAAUAAAAUUAUUGAAAAGAUUUCGACAAGCAGUUUUAUGUAAUAUUGGGUUGUGAAUAUCUAAUUGCAUUCAUCUCUCCUGGAUUGGAACAUGACACAUAGGUCUUUCCUACAGCUUUCAUCGGCUAAUUACUUUAGUUUCCCCAGCAGUACAGACUGACGGUUAUUAGAGGUGAUCAUUUGAUGAUAUUGAAACAUAUAGUUGAAUUAGUGAGAUUGGGAAAAAAAACAAAAACAAACUAAGAGUUUGCUUGUGGUGAUGACAAUGCAUUCAUGUUGAAUGACUGUAAAUAUUUAUAUACCAUGUACAGGAGAUACAGCAUGCUCAAGUUAGUCUUAUUACUGAUCUGUAUACCUCAAAUGAUAAUCAUGUAUCAUGUUUGGGCUGACAAAAUGACAUAUUUUUGUACAAACGUUUUACUCCUAUUUACUGUAGGUUCAAUAGAUGUUUUCUUUUACUGCUGUUUUUUUAAAGUUAUUUAAAUAAAUCUGUCUUAGAGACUCUGUUCAAUGAAUUACUUACAUUGUGUGAAGAGAUCAAUCAGUAUACAGAAAAUCUAUUAUUGAUGAAAAUGCAGUUACAGGCACUCUCAAGCAAACAAGCAAGACAAGGUCGAGAAUGGGUUUGGGUUAGUUCAGCUCUCCUGAUAUAGCAACACAAGUCCCUGUGCACUGUAUGCAUAUGUCAGAAUGAUUCAGGACCAGCUGGUCUCUUGUUUUGUGUGUGUGUGUGUGUGUGUGUAAAAGAUAGAGAGAAAAUGGGCAUCUUUGGGAAACCAUGCAAAAUAGGAAAGUUUGUGAUCAAACUAAGCAAUUUACAGAAUUCCUAGAAUAACAUGGUAAAGGUCUAACUCUCUCCAGAGGAGAACUUCAAAGUUGCUAGUACAAAAGUAGAUAGCGUUGUGUGCGUGUGUGUUCAUUACACUACAAGUUGUGUAAAACCAGUGCAGUCUUUCCUAUGCUUUAAUAUGCAUUUUUUUGGCUACAGCUGCUGUGGAGUUUAUAUUGUUUAUACAUCUUUUGUGUUGUCUGCCCAUAGGUGAUGUUUUAUUGUACUGUUGAUUCUGUAAGAAGUGGCAGGUUAUUUAUGUGGCUGUUUGUUGCACCCGUCACGGUGUCUUUACACUUUUUAUUUAUUGUCAGCCAUUUUGUGUAUUGUCUAAGUUUUGUCUCCUUCCUGGUUAAUUCUUCUAAGGCUGCACUGAGGAAGGUGUUGUAUAAUUGAUAAUCAGUUGUGUUGGUGUGGACAUAAGGUGUCCGUGGUUUGACGUUGAUGCAUUGACGUUGUUUUGUAGCCUAAAUGUUUUCUUUAAUUAAAUGGCUAUAAUAAUUAGCCCACAUACGUAUAUUCUUAUAAGAAUAUUUACCUUUUAAAUUGUAGCACAGUAACUUUUACUCAGAAUACGUUUUAACUAACCUACUUUUUACUUUUAUCUGAGUACAUUUUUACUCAAAUAUUUUUACUUUUACUUGUGUAAAAUGCAUUUAAAGGAACACUACUUUCUGUUGAGUAAAGUAUUAUAGUACUCUUUUUCAAGGCAUUGAAAAACUUAAUUCUAAUGCUUAAUAUCUUAAUAGCUGUUUAAUUCUUUUAAUGAUCUCAUAUUUAGGCCUCCCCUAAUACAUGACUGUUACUAUCUCUUAGUGAAACACUUGGUAUUUUUUUGCCUUGACUUUUACAGAAACAACCAUUCACCUCAAUUCAUUGUGCUUACUGUAUUUGGCCUUUAUAGGAGUAUGCACAUACUAACAGCAUUCAAGUCUCCCAUUUUGUGUGUCUCCACAGUGAUUUCUCCAUGUUUCUUGUAACAAAGACAAUAAAUAUUUCAAGAACUUCA